ACCCUGCUCUCCCACUUCCGCUCCGUCGUUGCUAGGCUACCGGGGCCCUAGCAGCAGAAAGCCGCGGCAGGCCAGUGCUGCAAGCGUGUUCUCUGGGCGCUGAGCGUUUCGGCCGCUGUCCCUGCAGUGAGGUGGCCUCCCGCCUGGCUUAGGCUCCUUUGCCCGGGCCGGGGAGCGGAGGCGAUCGCACCCUUCCCCUGCCUUUCUAGGAAAUCUCCACGCCCCCGCCCCUAUUCUUCGGGAAACUGCCCCUCGCCUCCUUCUCCAGCACCAGAAAGCCCUGAACCCCUGGGUCCCGUUUUCGCGGGCCCACACUGCGGGCCCCUGACCUUUCUUCUCUACCCCGAGGCGACUCCGUCGCAUCCCUCUACCCCCCACCCCCCAUUCGCAAUUCUUUCACUUUCCUGUUGCGUCCUGGUGGUGGGCAUCUCCCUCCUCGGAGAGGGAAGCAUGGGACCAGCACGGGUCCAGGCACCUCCGGAGGCAGAGGCUGGAAGACAAACCGCCCUCCCUAGUUCCUCAGCUUCUGUGUAAUCAGCUGCCCUUUUGGAAAUCGGGCGGGGGUUGUGGCUGGAUGCCGGUGUCACUGACUUGUCUUCAGCAUAGAAUGCAGAAGUAACAUGUUCCCAGCACUGGAAACAGAGGUAAAGCAGGAGACUCUUCCUGAUCCCUAUGAAGACUUCAUGUACCAUCAUCUUCAAUACUAUGGCUACUUUAAAGGUCACAGAGGUAGUUUACCAACCUCAGCUACACACCAGCAUGUUUGGAAGAAUAAUCCUCGAUACCCGUUGAGCGGCUCUUUUGGAGAAAGACAGGGUAUGAUACCAGACCCUCUGCAAAAGGAGAAGCUUCUGUGGCCCACCUGUAUAUCUUCACCUGUGCAUAGACAGAUAGAAGCUGUGAGCAGAGAUUCUCUUAUGCUUAGUUCACCACUUCUUAAGAGCAGGCAGCUUCUUCAUGAUGAAUUUGGUGAAGUCAACCCAUGUCUUCGAGAACCCCGAGAUCUCUUUACCUUCUUCUCUAGCAGCGGGCCUCUGCAGGCUCCGAGGUGGCCAAUAGAAUGUGAGGUCAUCAAGGAAAACCUUCAUCAUAUUGAGUGGGUUCCACCUCAACCAGAAUAUUUCUAUCAACCUACAGGAAAUGAAAAGUUACCAGAAAUUGUAGGAGAAGAAAAAGGCACAGUUGUCUUUCAAUUAGAUUCAGUGCCCACCGAAGGUUCCUAUUUCACUAGUUCCAGAGUGGGAGGCAAGCGAGGGAUCAUCAAGGAGCUUGCUGUUACGCUGCAAGGACCUGAGGACAAGACUCUCCUGUUUGAGUCAAGGUUUGAGAGCGGGAAUCUGCAAAAAGCUGUCAGAGUAGAUACCUAUGAGUAUGAGCUCACCUUGCGAACUGACCUCUACACAAACAAACACACUCAGUGGUUUUAUUUUCGAGUGCAGAACACUAGAAAAGAUGCCACCUACCGCUUCACCAUUGUCAACUUGCUAAAACCCAAGAGCCUUUAUACUAUAGGGAUGAAGCCACUCAUGUACUCCCAGUUGGAUGCCAAGACUCACAACAUUGGCUGGAGAAGAGAAGGAAAUGAAAUCAGGUACUAUAAGAACAACAGGGACGAUGGGCAGCAGGCCUUUUACUGUCUCACGUGGACCAUUCAGUUCCCACACGACCAGGACACUUGCUUCUUCGCACACUUCUAUCCAUAUACAUACACUGACUUGCAGUGCUACCUGCUGUCAGUGGCAAACAAUCCUGUCCAGUCUCAGUUCUGCAAACUCCGAACUUUAUGCAGGAGCCUUGCAGGAAAUACCGUCUACCUGCUCACCAUCACCAACCCAUCCCGGACCCCUCAAGAGGCAGCUGCAAAGAAAGCUGUGGUCUUGAGUGCCAGAGUCCACCCCGGAGAAAGUAACGGCUCCUGGGUCAUGAAAGGCUUUUUGGACUUCAUCCUGAGCAACUCUCCAGAUGCCCAGCUCCUCAGAGAUAUCUUUGUCUUCAAAGUGGUUCCUAUGUUAAAUCCAGAUGGAGUGAUUGUGGGCAAUUACCGGUGUUCAUUGGCUGGAAGGGACUUGAAUAGACAUUAUAAAACCAUUCUGAAGGAGUCUUUCCCUUGUAUCUGGUACACCAGGAACAUGAUCAAAAGACUUCUUGAAGAAAGGGAGGUUCUCUUGUAUUGUGAUUUCCAUGGCCACAGCCGUAAGAAUAAUAUCUUCUUGUAUGGCUGUAAUAACAAUGAUCGCAAGUACUGGCUUCAUGAGCGAGUCUUUCCUUUAAUGUUAAGCAAAAAUGCGCCAGAUAAGUUCUCUUUUCAUAGUUGUAAUUUUAAGGUCCAAAAGUGCAAAGAAGGAACAGGACGAGUUGUAAUGUGGCGGAUGGGAAUCCUGAACAGCUACACCAUGGAAUCUACCUUUGGGGGGUCCACACUGGGCAAUAAAAGAGAUACUCACUUUACUACUGAGGAUCUAAAGUCUCUAGGUUAUCAUGUUUGUGACACCCUUCUGGAUUUCUGUGAUCCUGACCGAACCAAGUUCAUGCAGUGCCUAACAGAGCUUAAAGAGCUCUUACAACAAGAAGUCCAUAAGAAAUUCAAUGAGCUUGGACAAGAUAUGGAUUUAGAAGGAAGUUGGAGUGACAUCUGCUUGUCUGACAUUGAAUCCAGCACCAGUGGUUCUGAUAGUUCCCUCUCAGAUGGUCUCCCUGUUCACCUACUGAACGUAGCAGAUGAGUUGAAUCAAAAGAAGAAGAUGUAUAAGAAGAAAAAAAAGAAGCCGCUUCAGACUAGGAAACAGCGAAAUGAACAGUAUCAGAAAAAUAAUUUGAUGCAGGAGUUAAAGUUAACAGAAGAUGCCCUGUCCUUCCAGGAAAGGGCAGGGUUUGCUUCUUCUACCCUGCAAAAACAGCCUACCUUUUUCAGAAAUUCAGAGAAUGCCAGUUCUUCAGCGAUGAGAAAUGAAAAACCGAGGUUGAAUGAGUCACAGUUACAUGGAAGAGACAAGGGCACCUCGCUGGACCCAUCAAAAAUGACCUCGAUUCUGACUAAGAGUAAAGAGAGAAUGCAGACGGAGAAGCCAAGACCCACAGUGUCGUGCUCUCCCAAGAGAAGCACAAACUCCAGCCAAGAGCCAGCUCCAGAUAUGAAGUCACACUGGUCCAGGAACAGAUAUCCUGCCACAAAGAGAGGCCGUGCCGCCAUGACGGUGUACCCCUCCUUGCACAUAUACACGUACCCAUAGGGGGCCUUGGCCACACAGGAGCGUCAUUGGCAGUGGGGCUAGACGCGUUUUGUAAUGAGGGGAGUUGUGUGACUUGGGGUACACUGCGUUGUGUGCUCAUGGUGCACUGACCUUACGCUGUGUGCUUACAUUGCAUGCAUGCCCUCGGGACUCAUACCUCAUGAAUCAGGUUUUUUUUCAUAAAGCGAAAUUAUAUUAUGAUGUAUACAAAAGCUUCCUUUAUCAGAAAUUGAGGUGUGUGUUCAUGAACCCACAGCACAGAUAUACCUCAUUCUAACCAAUAGAUAGCCUUUCUAAAAUUAUGUGCAAAUUAACUUUAAGAGCUCAAAUUCUGUUUUAAACCUAUUCUGGGAGUGUGCUGUGUUUAAAAAGUCUUGCGUCAAAGCUUUCUGGCAAUGAAUGGUCAGACUGUGAUUAUCAGAUUGGCUCAUGGUGGCUCAUUGGCUCAUACCACACAGAGAGAACAAUUCGUGUAUUCGCCAGUUUAGUCUUACAUAUAUUAUGUUCAACACGGUUACGUAUGUUUUUUAACCCAUUGAUUAAAAUUCUCUCUCUCUAA